UGUCGAUGUAAGCCUGUAUUUGUACGAAUGCGCGUUUGCGCUUGGCUCUGGCGCAUUCCUGCAGUUCGUACGUUUGGUUUGGUUGACUGUUUCUUGCGUUCUACGGCUCUUUGUUUGCCUCGUUGACACCUCUUCAGUAUGUUACUGCUUGUUGCCCGCUUUUCACGGGCUUCCUGUCACCCCGAAGAUCACCAUAAUCUCCUCCGACUCAGCCACAUCAAAGGGCGGGGAAAGAAAGGAAAGGGCCACUAGCAUCGUAAAGCACACGGAGAUGGCAAGCAGCCUGCCUACAGCCUUUCCUGCUAUAAAAGCUAAGCCUCUCCAAUGGAGGUCAUAGCACUUCCGCCUUUUCGCGGUGGUUGUGAAACAUUGAUUUCCUGGAAUGGCGCUGAAGCUGGGCUCCUUGGAUCAAAAGGUGACGCUGGUGCUUCAAGGUGCAACAACGUUCGAUUACUUGGCCUCGCCCCCACCAAGUGUUGCUGGGCGGAGGAUUAUGAAAAUUCAAAGCACGUCAUGCGGUGACAAUAGAAGAAGAAAAAUAUCUGAAGGCCAUAGAGCACUUGGACCACGACUCGAGCUUCGGAACACGUCAUCCAAGAAGGCUGCAAGCAUGCAUAUGAUGAAAGAUGUGUUUCCGAAGGCACAGUGCGAGAUGACACCUCCUUUUGAUCUUUCUGUCUGCGACUACGCACGGCAAUAAAGUAUAC